GUCUGAGACUUCCAUCUUAAAACAUGGGUCUCUACUCUAUGCUCCGAUCGAUUGUCAUCGCAAUUUUUUUGUUUUCCGAAUUCGGAUUAAUAAAUUGCGAUGAAGAUUUGCAAUUUCCCGAGGGAUUUGUAUUUGGAGCAGCCACGGCUUCUUAUCAAGUCGAGGGUGCUUGGAACGUAAGUGACAAAAGUGAAAACCAGUGGGACCGUUUCACACACAGUGGUAAAAGCGUUAUCGUAGGAAACGCAACGGGAGAUGUUGCCUGUGACUCUUAUCACAAAUAUGAAGAAGACGUCGCCAUAUUGAAACAACUGGGUCUUCAAUCCUACCGUUUCUCCUUAAGCUGGUCUCGAAUUCUUCCAACCGGGUUCCCGAACAAGAUCAGCAAAGACGGCGUAGCCUAUUACCACAGAUUAAUCGACGCCCUUCUGUCGAAUGGGAUCGAGCCGAUGAUCACGAUCUAUCACUGGGAUCACCCCCAAACCCUGGAAGACUACGGAGGGUGGACCAACGAGCUGAUGGUGGACUGGUUCGCCGAUUAUGCCAGGGUGGUGUUCCAGGAGUUUGGGCAGAAGGUGAAAUUAUUCGCCACCCUUAACGAGCCAGAUUCGGUUUGCAUAAGUGCGUAUGCUAGAGGCAUACAUGCUCCCGGAAAAGUGCUGAACGGAAUCGGGGAUUAUCUCUGCAUGCACAACAUGUUGAAGGCCCACGCAAGGGCUUAUCACAUCUACAAGAAGGAUUUCGAGCCGACUCAAAAGGGCGAAGUCGGUAUCGUGAUCAACGUCAAGGGUUUUUAUUCGAAAGACACAGAAAAUGAGGGCGCAGAGGAAGUCUCGUAUCAGUUUAAAAAUGGCUGGCAGAUGGACCCGAUUUUUUCCGAACACGGUGAUUACCCCAGGCUCAUGAGAGAAUUGGUGGCUGAUAAGAGCAAGGCUGGAGGGUUCCCUCGUUCAAGGCUUCCGGAGUUCUCACGGGAGUGGGUCGAUUAUAUCAGGGGAUCGUCUGAUUUUUUGGGAGUUAAUUAUUACACGGCAAAUGUGGUUGAAUACGGCACAGUCGGGCCAGAUCCGUCAUAUUUCCGAGAUCAAGGAGUUAAUGAAUAUUUCCAUCCAUCUUGGAAGCCAACUGCCUCGGAUUGGCUUUAUCAAGUGCCACAAAGCUUUGGCAAGACUCUUCGUCGGAUUGCACGAGACUACAAAAAUAUUCCUUUGUAUAUUACGGAAAACGGAAUGUCGGAUGUCGGAGAGAUGAAUGACGAUCACAGAAUACAAUACUAUCAUGAUUAUAUUAAAAGCAUGCUGCUAGCAAUGAAAGAAGAAGGCGUCAAUGUUAAAAGAUAUUAUCUGUGGUCGCUCCUGGAUAAUUUUGAGUGGCACAAUGGUUACAGUGAACGCUUCGGCAUUGUUCAUGUAGACUUUGAGGACCCCAACCGAACAAGAACUUUGAAGAAAUCUGCAUAUUGGUGGCAGCAAGUCGUAAAACAACGCAAACUAUUGUCUAAUGUUUCUGUAAAUCGUGCAUGAACACGUAAGAAAGACAUGAUCUUAUAUAUAAACAAAACAGACGGAUUGUGUUCAGCAAAAGAUUGUUCCAUAAACUAUUAUGAUUUGUUUCUUUGUAAGACGUAUAUUGAUCGUAUCUAUUUAUGGUAAUUGAUUAGAAUCUGAUUUGGAAUUAUAUAUGAGCGACAUCCAUACGACAUGGACAUGCGGAAUUAUUUGUACCGAUUAUACAAAAUAAAGUACUCCACGUGUCAUUUA